AUGAAGAUCCUGCAGAGCUGCAAGGAGAUUGCCGUGGAGAAAGUUGUUUGCGCGGUGGAUGCGAUCAAUUUGCCGAGGGAGAAACUUGCAUUCUUGAUCUGGAGCUUACCUGGCUGCUUGGACACGAUGAUUGCCGCUGCCGAUAGAGACGGAGACGGAGAUUUACGUGGAAUUGAUGCUGCGUUCCAGGAGCUUGUCAACAAAACAGGUGCUCUCAGCAAGUUUCGAUAA